AUGUCGACCCACCCCGCGCCAUUGUCCACCGCCCCACCACCGCGCGCAUCCGCCACCGCCAACCCCCCACCACCCCACGCUUCCGCCGUUCCCACCCCCGACGAUGACUCCGAAUACGAAACCGACUCGUCAGCCGACCCAGAGGAGUACUACAUAACAAUCGACCUCACGAUCCCAGCACCAGUCCAAGCCGGUCCCAGCACGAACCCAUUCACCAACGCAUCCCUCAAAAAGGCCGCCGCGCCGACCGCCACGAGCCACCCGCAAAAGUCGACACACAUGCUCGGCGCCUCACGGCUGCAGGCGCCCCGGCAGCUACCGAAGUGGGCGCGCGGCGCUACUGCCCGCCGCGAUCGACUGCAGCUCUUGGGGCUCGAGGGGGACGAGGUGCUCGUCGGGUACCAGAAUAGGAUUUGGGCGGGGCGCUGGGCGGGGACCGUGGGGAGUGAGGUUUAUGUUGGUGCGGCCUACAGGGAGCCCCCGCGCAUCUCCGGCGGAGGCUAUUACUACUCGGAGCGCGACUUUUCGGCGGCGGCGGCGUAUGUCGGCGGCAGGCGGAGGAAGCCGGCGGCUGUGCCGAGACCCCCGCUGCUAGAGGAGAAUGAACACUGGCGCAAGGCGAUGCAGGAUCCGGCAUGCGGGAAGGUUGUUGCCGUCGGCGUACAUAGGGUCCAGUGCUCGCCUGCGGUGGUCAAAGCGAAGGAGUGGCCGUUUGCUGAGCAGUUGGCCGGGAAGAGCGAUUUUCUACGCAGGCUGGAAAGGGUGCAGAUCGAGAAGGGGCAGAUUAGGGAGGGCGAGGCCGAACAUCAGGGGGGCCGCAGGAGGAGGAAGGUCAUGAUGGUGAAGAAGAAUAAGGUGCGGGAGGAGGGUGGCGAGGAGCAGGCUGGGGAGCAGGCUGGGGAGCAGGCUGGGGAGCAGGCUGGGGAGCAGGCUGGGGAGGUGGAAGAGGUGGAGGUGGAGGUGGAUGAGUGGGUUUGGGAGAGCUUUAGUGAGGGCGAGCAGAUGGACGAGCCUGAAGAGGGCGAGGAGGAGGAGGGCCAUGGCUAUUUCGCAAAGGACCGCGGGAAGGGGGGGAAGACUGCUUAG